CCAGACCCGGGAUCGAACCCGGGCCACCGCCGUAGGAAGCCAGUGACUAACCGCUUAAGCUAUGGCGUGGCCCGUAUAACAGGUAAAUUCAGUAUUGUUGCAGUAUUGCUUACGAAGUUUUACGAUUUUGUAUUAUCUAAUUUGAAAUAAUUUUAGGCAUGCAUGGUCUGGAAAUUUGCUGUGUGAGAAGUUCAUAAAUGUGUGAUCUUGUCACAAAAUACAGUUAUUGUACUAUGUUUUAAAGGUAUUUGAAAUUCAGGCAAACUUGUCAAAACUCUUGGAAGUGUAAGGAAACUAGUCUUACAUCAGACUUUGCAAUUUGCACUACAAAUUUUGCAACUGAAAUUGACCGAAACUGAUAUUGAUUGAAAUUUGUAUAAGGCAAAAAAUGAACCAAAUUAAUCAAAAGUGUCACAGUAUUUUAUAUUUAUGUUGUCAUCCUCCCUAAUGUAUAUGCAGACGAGUAAUUAGUCCUACAAAUCUCCAGAAAUUUCAAGCCUGUCUGGUGUGCACUGAUUAUGUGGAUUGCUGUGUAUAUAACAACCUUUCUGCAGUAGUGCCUGAAGGUUAACAUUGUUAAUAUUAAGCCUUCCAUGUGACGCAAUCUGGAGGUUAUUUUGUUUAUCUCAAAUAUUAUAAUGAAACUUCUUAUGAUCACUAUUAUCCUCCCAUAUCAUUCUUCCACGAGGUAUCAGCACCAAGAUGACAAUCGUUACUGUUCUUUACAGUCACUGGCAAUUUUCCACACAUACAGUGAUGUAUAACUUCCAAAGCUGAUACACCACUCUUAAACAACUAAAACAUGAAUCAGUCAAACAGCCAAGCAUCUUUCUUACACUUUAUCAUCAUGAACAACAUGAAAUAGGGAUAACAUUUGCAGACUCAUGAUGAUAAAAGGAGUUUACUUCAGUUCUUUAUAGUUUUCCUCAGUAAUUCUAGGUGAAUGUUGGGUUAGUACCUUAAGCUAUCGCUACUUAAUAAUGUUGAUGCUCCAUUUCUUAUCGCAUUUGUUGUUGUGCAACCCCUACACUUAAAAGAACAUUACUAACCAAAGAUUCAGACAACUAACCUUUCAUUUUCAUGAAAAACUUGGUGAGAACAAUAUUUGCUGACCCAUGACAGAAUUGUUUUCUUCUUGCUGUAAUUGUUCUCCCAGAUUCACACCCUGAGAUAACAUCUUUUAGCCAUUACAACAGUUUUCUAUGUCUGCAUGAAAAUGUGUGUGAAUAGGUUAGUUGUUGCUACAAACCACAAUCAGUGAUUGUGUUGAAGUUAUAUUUCUUCUCUUCUAAUGAAUAAUGCUUGAAAGAUGUGAUUAUUGUGAUGAGUGCCAUGUCAAAUUAUAAGUAAUUAUAAGUUCAGAAGGUGGAAACGCUUUUCUGAAGUUUCAGUGAUGUGGGCGAUUAUGCAUAUAAAGUGGUUCUCUGAUAUUAGUGUUUUAAAAUUGUGUAUUAUUUUGGUAUUUUAACAUAUUUUAAAAUGUUCAAAUACUUGACUGGACUGUGAUUUAUAGGUAAAGGUGUCUGUGUGCAUAAUAAAUUGAACACUAUGCUGUGAAUGCAUAUGGAGGAGUGGAGGUAUACCUAGAGUUUGGCACUGUAUGGAGAAAUAUGCAGCAGCUGAAGGCCUCUUUCUGUGAGGAUGUUGACCAAGGUAUGUCACUGAAAUGUGUCUUGAGAACACUUGAAACACAACCAAGGCUUGCCAUUCGGGACAAGAACAUACCAAUAUGUGCAAAACAGAGUUACGCAUCAAUAGCGUGUGGAAAGGAGAAUCAACUCGCUGAACAUGUGUCACAGUCCAGAAGGUUAUUAGUGAGGAAUUUUGAGAAGACUAAGUAUCCAGAGUUUGGCGAGUGGAUUCACCACAGCAAGACUCAUUAAGCAACAUACAGUCAUAUCAACUGAUCAUAUGACCCCAGAAAUUAAGCUUCACUUGAUUACUCCACUAUGUGAGCUUUGGACAGGAAAUGCAGAUAACAUCCCUUUCCAAGAUCCUUUCUGGGCUUUCUAUUGGCCAGGGGGACAAGCUGUUGCCAGGUAUAUACUGGACAACCCACAGCUUAUGCAGGGUCGACGAGUGCUGGAUGUAGGAAGUGGAAGUGGAGCAUGUGCAAUUGCGGCAAUGAAAAGUGGUGCUCUAAAUGUGACAGCAAAUGAUAUUGAUCCAGUUGCUGCCACUGCAAUUAAGAUGAAUGCUGCUUUGAAUGCUGUGAACAUUGAUGUGUGUAAGAAGAAUCUGGUGGGGGAGAGCUGUGAUAAAUGGAACUGCAUUCUGCUAGGAGAUAUGGUCUAUGAUGCUGAAUUCACAGCACAGUUGUUAAAGUGGCUGAGGGCCUUCAGAUGUCAAAGAAGACUUAUCCUGCUUGGAGAUCCAGGGAGACAGGCACUUCGAGACAUUGAAGACAACUGUCUCACCAAAGUAGCCACAUACUGUCUGCCAAAAAGUGCAUGCCUAGAGAACAGAGGCUUCACACAAGCAUGUGUUUGGAGGUUUAUGUAGGGUUGUAUGACAACAUGUCCAACCAUCAGACCAUUCAGCUUUUAGUUUUUAUUUGGGGUUAUUUCUGUAGUUUUGAAACCAAAAGAUUUUUGUGGGUAAAAGUAUUUGGGAAAUCCUGUAUAUACACUUCAAUCUGUGAAGGCAGGCCAGUUAUGAAGUACAAACAGCAGGUAUAAAAAACUGAACAGGUAAAUAUUUACUGUUGUUUAACAUGCUCACUGUGCCAGGAACUGGUAUGACACAGCCUAGUCAUCUUAUGAACAGUGUCCACUAGAUGAAAAAGAAGUAUUAUGAUUGGUAUUCUUCCAAAUAUGUUUUAUUGAUUUUUGCAUAUCUCAUUUGGCUCAUCACUAAAUUUAUUUCAGAUACGUAUCUCUCACUGUGGAUAGACAUGUGUUCUUCCAAAGCUAAUCACAUUAGAGAUACGGGAGCCAGGACAGCUAUUUUUCUUUUAUUGCUAGUGCGGUGAGACUAAGUCCCUCGCACUGCAGCCACUUCUGGCCUAUUGUA